GUAUCACGCUAGAAUAUUUGUUCCACGCGUGGAUUGUAAACAGAUACGGUGUUUCCUGUUGUGAAUAAUUCGAAAAAAUUAUUACAUCGUAUAUUGCUUUUCAAGAGAGUUUUUGAUCUUGUUGAAAAAAUCAUAUUUACGGAUAGAUUCAUGCAUCGAUCAGUGGCAUAAAUUGAAGUGAAUUCAUGGAAUAUCUUCCGUUAUAAAUGUUUGCGCCGCUACCGUGAUUCAUGUUUUGACGUGAUUCCAAAACUGUGACCAAUGUUUUGCUAACCGGUGUCUGAAUGGCGAGAAACUAACAAUAAUUAUUGAUGGUUGAUGUGUAAACACCAUGAGUGAAAUACCAGCAAGCAAAGCAUCUGAUGAUGAAGAACAAGUAGAGAGGGAAAUGGAUGACUUACCAGAGGACAAUGAUGGUCCUGGCUGGACAAUUCCUGAUGGAAACUUGACAGGAAGUACUGCUCAGGAAGAAGAAGAGUCAGAAUCCAGCAAAGACGGCUCACAGAAGGUCCACCAGAGCAUGUUUACUGACAGCGAUGGAGGGAGCACCAUUAAAAUGAAUGAGCAAUGUCACUCAGAUGCAACUCAGACAGGUGAGGAUGCCCCUGGUGCUCAUUCCAUUGACCCUUCUAACAUGGAUACUGACCAGUCAAACAGUGAUGCCAAGGGAGAAGGACAGUUCAUUGUGACAGAGAGAGAGUUGGAUAAAGACAAUGACUCAGAGACAAUGAGUGAGACGAGUGACAUUGUAAACAACAACAAGACGCAGAGUCCCAGGCAAAUAUCUCCAGAGGAGCAGAGAUCCCUGCUAGAGAGCCUACCUUCCUCUAACAAACUCAGGACCGUACCCAGCUCUGGGAGUUUAUUCAGCGAGGAAGGAUAUCAAACAUUUCCUGGGGCAGAGCAGAGUCAGGAGCUACUGAAGCGAGAGGUUUAUGGUCAUGAAGAUGACAAUGAAAGCGAAGCUGUCAGUUCUUGUACUGACACCAGUAACCUAGCUCAGUUAAUUGUUGACCAUGUCCUAGAAAAUGUGGUGGGUUCAGUUCAAGAUGAGAGUGAUUCAGAUUCUUCCCUGAAACAAAUCGUGGAAAAUCUAGAAAAUGCUUUAGAGACUGAAGAAAACGAGGAGAGUAUGGACCAGAGAGAAGAAGAACAGGUGUUAGAGGACAAAGGAUAUGCAUCUAAGAUGGAGUUGGAUACUGAUCUCAAAAUUGAUGAAGAAGCCAUGACAGAUUUCCAACUAAAUGACCCGCAGCCCAUAGGUGAAGAGGUUAGGGAGGAAAAUGAUGAGAAGGUGAUAGAUGGAGGUGAUGAACAGAUAGAAGUGAGACUGCCAGAAGACAACACGGCAUUUGACUCUGAGGAUAGGGCAGUAGAGGGGGCUCAAGCCAUGGAUCAGCUUUCAUCCGAGUCUGAAGUCCCAGGGGCGGAACAAACUCCAGAAGUGGACGAAGAGAAUGUAGAUGACAAACAGUUAGAUAAUGGAGGAUCCACUAGACUUUUGAAGUCUAAAGACAGUGGAGUUUCAAUGAGCUAUGCUGGAGAAAUUAUUGGAAAUUCCCAGUCGGCAGGUGUUGUUGCCUCUACGAGUUCAAAUGUUUCAGAUAGAAUCAGUGACACUAUCCCAAGUAGGAGAAAUCUGUCUGACUCUUUACAAGAGUAUGACACACAGAGACCUUCAGACAAUGUCAAUGAACCAAUGGCAGAAAAGCCUUAUGAAGAGGAUUCAACUUUCAAACGCUUAACGCCUGAAGAAGCCACGAUAAGUUCAGCUGAAAUCAGUGUUCCUGAGAGUUUUGCAGAUCAAAAGGAGAAUAGUAAUUUGGCUUACACAGCUGUUUCCUCUCCAGGCUAUACUGAACCUUCCUCCGUCAGAGCUGAUCAAUCCUCAGGAUUCUUAGCCUCCCAAGAAACAGACUCUCAACUUUCAUAUGAAAGAAACAGUUCACCUGCUAAGCCUAUACAAACCCCACCAAGAAUGGUGCUGAGAACAAAGCAAGAUUUUGUUGUUAGUGGAAAUCGCUCAGAGAAAGACCCAAGUUCAAAUGUCAGAGGUCAGGGUCAACAACACCAGAGAGAGGCUGAGAUGCACAGAGAGCAGUUGAUACUAGACAAGGUAAGGAAGGACAUGGCAGCUAAGGAGAGAGAGAUGAGAAGACAGAUAGACAGAGAAAUGACUGAGAGAAUGGAAAGAGCUAGAUUACAGCAGGAGCUUUUAUCAAAUGGAGGAGAAUAUUACAGAAGUGAAAAUGACCUGUCAAUGAAUCCAUAUGACCAAUCAAAUGAAAUUGAUAUAACUGAGUCUUCAAGGUUGAAAUAUUCAGACCAAAGUUCUUCAAGGUCCUCGAUCAAUGCUGGAUCCCGUAGCAUGCCCACCAGAAGUUCCUCUGACUUUCGAGUUUCGGAAGAGGAACUCAUAAGACGGUAUCAGCGGGAGUUAUCCCGCUCUGAACAGAGACAUUAUGAUGUCAGUGGAAUAGACACAUAUGCUACUCUCCAAAACCAGCAUCAUCGCAAUGAAAGUGUUUCACUUGACGAUCCACUCAGAAUGGAGGGAAUGUCUUAUGCAGACAUAAAUCGGAGUGAUCGGGGGAUGCCAUCAAAUGUUUAUUCCAGCUAUAACAUUCCUCCACCACAGUAUAAUGUGUCUACCUCCUUUGGAGCUCAGAACUCUUCCCAUACCUCAUCAGAUCUAGAAGCCACUCCCCCAAAGUCUGGAUCAGUGCCCCCAUUCAAAACACUCCAUGAACAACAGAUUGGUUGGAUGCGAAUGUUUAAAACCCUAGAGGAGCAGCAUCACAAUGAGCUGAAGAACCAAUACAGACAACAUCAGGAAACCAUCUUCUCUAUGCAGCACCAGAUUGAGAGUGAACUCCUCAACCAACAGCAAACCCUGAAACAGAAGCUGUCAGCUCAUAAAGAGGCUCUUUCUAAUAAUGCCAGUCCCAUCAAACCAAACCAAGACAGGAGACUCAACCACAGUCAACUAAGUGGCCAAAUGCUGGAGAGCUCACGGGGAGACAGCUCUUACAAGAAAUCAGGCUCACCUAAAUCCUCCCCCAAUGCUAGACACAUGGAGCGGUCUCACCAUUCAGACAGGCACGCCUCUCCCCCCUGGAAGGACAUCUACAGAGAGAUUCGUGGGAAGGGUGUUGACAGUGAUCGGGAAACAGAGGACAAUGAGGAGGAGGCAACUCCAAUCAGGCGCUCCUUGGAGGAUGAUUUCAUGUCAACCUCCUCCAUGCUGAGGCAGCCAUUGUCUGAGGAAAUCAGGCCUACCCCAAAGAAAUAUUUUGACCCACUCCCUUCAGAAUCCCCAAGGGGUGGUGUGUACAGUAGCCCUAUGCCUGUUCUACGAAAAAGUAACAUAUCUCAGAGCUCAACACGAACUCCAAGUCCAAGGCAGGCAGACAGGAACUCACCUCGUGUUGCUAGCGGCAACGACCUUUCACAGAGGGGUGACAGGACAGACAGCAGACUGUUGGACAGCAUAGCUGAUGCUCCAAUGGAAAGUUUAACCUCAGAGGAGUCAGCCUCUCAGAGAGCUCAUUUACGAGAGAAGCAUGCCAAGCACUUGUUAGAUCUGAGAGAAUACUAUGAGCAGGAGAUCCAUGAUUUGAGAUUGGCAUUGUCAAGGUCUGAUGACAUCACAAGUAGGUCGCCAUUUAAGAGGGUUGCCAAUGAGAACCAAGCACUGAUCACAGAAAACCACUCGCUAAAACACACAAAUGAGGAGUUGGAAAGUCAGCUAAACAAAGUUGUCAGAGAGAACCGUGAGCUUGAACAGAAGGUCCAUGGACUUGAAAGACGAGCAAGUGAGUACGCUGACUGUUACAAGGAGGCCCAGGACAAGAUCUCCACGUUCCGUAACAAGGUGGAGGAGCUCCAGUACCAGAACCGGACGAUGGAGGACCAGGUGCAGCAUCUGGAGUGUCAGCUCAAGAACCAGGCGGAUGCCAUCAAACACUACAAAAAGUCUCAAGAUGAACAGAUGGAAGUUUUACAAAAAGACAGAAAUGCAUAUCACAAGCUUUCUGAUAAGUAUGAUAACUUGGAGAGGGAGUUCAAUAUUCUAAAGGAAUCCUUCAAUUCCACAGAAAACAAGUUGUAUGAUGCUCGGUCUGAGGUUGUGGAGCUGAACAGGACAGUAUCAAAGUUGGAACUGGAAAAUAAAAGACUUGGCCGAGAGAACGACAACAUCCGAUAUAAGCUUACCCAAAGUGCUAAUGCUGUAACAAUGCAAGGGAAUGCUGACGACUCUUACUCUAGCCCAGAUAGAAUUCGUCAUCAGUCACCAGUGAGAGAAAGUGGCCUGCAAAAGUCCUACGGUAAAAUGACAGACAUUAGUCCAGAGUCUGCUCAUGCCAGAAGCAGGAGUCAAGAGAUCCCCAUCCGAUUGCUAGGAGACAGACCAAUGGACCGUGACCUUCAUCAGGACCGUCAGGUCAGGUCACGGAGUCAGGUUGACAGUUUUUGUGAGGAGAUGGAAACGAGCUUAGGAGUGAGAGAGCAGAGCACUGAAAGGCGCCCAAAGAACACUUGUAAUACAUAUGCUGAGGUGGAAGAAAUUGAGAAAUCUCAUCAAAGACCAAGAUCUGCCCCAAGCUCCAGAAAUGCUCCGGAGAGACAGAUGAGCCCUGGAGUGGACCAGACAUCACCGGUGCUGAGGGCAGAGAGAGAACUGUAUAAACUACGGGAAAUCAUGAGACAGGCUGAGCAGGUGGUGGAAGCCUCUCCCCCACAGCAUCCCAAGCUACAGAAGAAAUUCUAUGGCAGUGAGUCAGCGCUUUCCAGUAGUAAAUCAGAUUCGGGGUCGUCAAUUCAUAAAUCUGAUUCUUCAUCAAGUCUGAAACUCAAGAAAAAGAAAUCUGUCAACACUUCCCCAGUAAAAUCUCCCAAAGUAAGAACUUCAAUGUCCUCAAGGUUUCAAGAUUCUGAUCCCCUGUCCCCGCCCUCCAAAGCAAAGUUUGAGACGAGUCCCGGUGAAUUUGACACUCCUACACGUUUUGAUAUCGGUGUAAUGGAGAGAUCCUCAAGCAGACGGCAGCACAGCGAUUCCUUGCCAACCAGAGACACUGGAUCUAAACCCAGACAGAGUCCCGCCACCAGGGAUAAACGAAACGGAGAGGUGAGGGGAGGAAACAAAGCAGGCAGAGACAGGAAACCCUUAAAGGCAGAAAAAGAUACACAAGUCCCCAAUGGAACAGUGGAGAACACACUGGCCAAGAUGAAGGAGGGAGAAUUUGUGUCCAGACCUGGCUGGGAGGAUGUUUACACAUCAAUGGCCAAACCCAAGUCAGACUCCAAAGCAACCCCAGUUAAACAGACAGUGAAAAAUCGGAUGGACAACAUAUCAGACUUGGAGGCUAGAUAUGAUGAACUUCAGACCGAGAAAAGAACACUUGAGUCCAAACUGAGCAGAGUACCUUCUCAUGGGAAAGGAAGACAGGAACAGGAGAAUUUAGAAAACAAGUUAGAUACUGUGGAGAAAGAGCUUGGAUCUGUUCGGAUGUCACUGAAAAGAUACCAUGUGCUAAAAACCUCCAUCUAGAUAGAUGAUGGUCCAUGGUACAAUACACUGUGCACCAUUCUAUUAGAUAGCAGUUAGAUUAUAGACAGAGGAUGGAAUAACCAUGAACCUUCACUGUGAAUGGAAAAGUAUACAGCCAAAUGUCCUGUACCAGUUCACUAAGACUAUGGUCCAGCUUUAGUGGAACUAGUCUGUCAGUGGUUUCGUUAGAUGACAGUCCAUGGACAAGCCGAUGUAGUCUUCUCCUCGUCCGUGGUCCGGCCAGUACAUCCGUACCGAGCGUGUUCUAGUUCGCCCGACCCAAACCCCAGGAAGAAGACUGGGGGUCACCUCCUGUUCAGUAUUUUGCGUUACAUCACACGUUCAGUGAUUUGCUCAGAUAUUUGUGUUUUGUUUUUUGCUACUUGUUACUUGAUGGUGUAGGGGAUUUAGGUUGUUAAGACGUCUGUUGUUAUAUUAAAUAGGGUUUCUGUACUUGUAAACUAGAUGACUAUGUUUCAAUAGUUUUGGUGCAGAAUAUCAGGACUGACACAUUACAUUGCAGUCCGUCUCUGGUUGUAGAUCUGCAAACAUGUAUCAAUUUUAUAUAUCAACUAGAAUCUAGUCCAGAUCCAUCUAUGUUAUUUAUUUUGUUUGAUAUUCUUUGUUUAUAGCACGGCUAGAGCAGAUUUUAUACAUGUACAGUGUAUAUAUACAUGUAGUAUAUGCUCUACAAUAUCAGACCUUAUAUCAGAUUCUGUGUAGGCAUCUAGAGGAAGAAACCUGCAAGUGCUUUGCCUCACAUUGCCUUAACUAAUGCACCAUUACUCAGAGAUGGCACCAAAGUUCAUUCCUUGAGAUGUUGAUAGUAUACAAUGACGUCACAGGACUGCACAAAUAGCCAUUGGCACCAAUCACUGGAUAUUUGUAGGACGUGGAGUCUUCACCAAACUUCACAGAUAUCACAAGAUAUUUUAUAUUGCACUACACGUGUACUGUAUUCACUGCAGAAUAUCAGUUAUGUAUUUUUUUAUUUAUCGAAUUAAAUAUGAAGUUUAUAACUUA